CUGGCCAAGUGUCAUUUAGCCUAAAAUGAAUAGGUUAAAUAUAAUAAAUAAUGUAAAAUUCUUUUACACUAGCUGGUAUGUUAGUCAAUUGUUUAAAAGUUGUCAGUUUUCUUAUUUUAGCAACUUGGUGACUUUUUCGCCCAAUGUAAUCGCAACAAAAUUUAACUAGAUUAAGCAAUUUCAAAUAAUUGAACAUACUAUCAUUUUAGAGGCAACAAUAACAACACACGCACACACAAUUUCAAAUAGUAAUUGAUAAAAUCGUGAAAAAACAAUUUAAAUUUCUUCUUGCGCUGAGCCAAAGUUACGACUUACAAGGCUGCUACAGAUCCACGAAAAUGGGAGGCAAAAUUUGAAAGCUAAGGCAGCGGUAAAUGCAUCAUCGUAUAAUCAAUCGGUUGGCCUCAAGUUGUUCAUGCGCCCCAGCGCCGCUCCACACCAAAAUCAAGCAUCUCAUCUCGCAAGAAUUAUACGAGCAAGCUCUCACAUUCUACGCGCAACAUCUCCACCCUUUCCAACUGACCAUAGACACAGCCUUCCUCGUUCCCUCCAUCACCAAAGCAUGCGCUCUUUCCCAAUCCCACCGGAUUCUCGGCCGCCAGCUUCACUGCAACGUCAUCAAAAAUGCUUUCCAUUCAGAUUUCACUGUAUCGAAUUCCCUGCUAUCCAUGUACGCCAAGUUUUUCGACACAGAGCGUGCAGAGAAGGUGUUCGACGAAAUGCCUAGCAGGGACACCAUUUCUUGGAACUCCAUGAUAAACUGCUAUAUACAAAACGGGCACUUCUCUGAAGCGCUUAGCACGCUCAAGGAAAUGUACGGCCUUGGUCUCGCGCCGAAGCCGGAGUUGGCUGCGGGCUGUAUCGCGACGUGCGUUAGGAACGGGAGUUGGAGACUGGGGAGAGCGAUGCAUGCUCUUUUCUUCCUUGAUGAGAGGAUGGAGUGUUCGACGUUCGUGGCGACAGCGCUGGUGGAUUUCUACUGGAGGUUCGGUGAUCCGGAGAUGGCGUUUCGAGUUUUUGAUGGGAUCGUGGAGAAGAAUGAGGUGUCGUGGACCGCGAUGAUCUGUGGAUGCAUCGAGUUUCAAGAUCAUGUUAGGGCGUUUGCUUGCUUACGAGCAAUGCAGUUUGGUGAUGUGAAACCUAACAGGGUGACUUUGGUUAGUGUUUUGCCAGCUUGUGCUGCCCUGCACUCGCUCCCACAUGGGAAGGAAAUUCAUGGCUAUGCUGUCCGGCACGGUUAUGAUUCGGAUGCUCAGUUGUCGGCCGCGCUUUUGCACGCGUAUUGUGAGUGCCGGGGGGCAGUGAGGAUCGCCAGGCUUAUAUUCGAGAGGUCUGUGAGUAAGGAGGUCGUGAUGUGGAGUUCUAUGAUCGCGGGCUAUUCUCGAAGCAAGGCUACUGCUAGAGAAGGUAUCAAGCUAUUCAAUCGGAUGCAGAUUGAAGGAAUUGUACCCAAUAGUGCUACCAUCUUGGCCGUGAUUUCAGCAUGCGUUUGCUUGUUAUCUCUAACCGAUGGCAGUGGUGUCCAUGGCUACGCCUUGAAAUCGGGCUUGGGAAACGACCUGUUCGUUCAUAAUGCCCUUAUCAACAUGUAUUCCAAGUGUGGCAGUCUUAAAGAUUCCGUCAAAGUGUUCAGUGAGAUGGCGACUAGAGAUUGCGUUUCUUGGAGCUCUCUUAUUAGCGCAUACGGGCUCCACGGCUAUGGAAGGGAAGCUCUGCAGCUCUUUCAUGAGAUGCAGUUGCAAGGGGGUGGAGUGAAGGUGGAUGGACUUACGUAUCUUGCAGUCUUGUCCGCCUGCAGCCAUGCUGGCCUCGUAGAUGAGGGGCGGGCGCUCUUUGAUCGGGCAUUGAACGAUGUGGAGGUGUCUCUGAGCUUGGAACACUAUGGUUGCUACAUUGACCUUCUUGGAAGGGCAGGGGAGAUUGAAGCUGCAUACGAUGUUUUGUGCCGAAUGCCGAUGGAGCCGAGCCCCGGAAUCUUGACUUGUUUGGUUUCUGCGUGUAGGCUUUAUGGGAGAUUGGAUGUAGCAGAAUCAGUAGGUAAUAUUCUCGUUGGAAUGGAACCUGAGAAUGCUGCCAAUCAUACUCUUUUAAGCAUGGUAUAUGCUGAAUCUGAUAAAUGGUGUGGGGUGGAAGAAGUUAGGAGAUACAUGAAGGGAAGAAAAUUGAGGAAAAACCCUAGCUGUAGCAAAGUUUAAAAUUGUGAAGGAAUAAUUAAGAAUUGCUUACAUUUUUUUCAUAGUCAAAAGUAAUAGUAGUAAUUUCCCUUGCAUUA